AUGACAACCCAAUCGGAUUCCGCUUUCGAAAAUCUCCCGACCGAGAUACUUGAACAAAUCAUCUUGUACAUCACCGAUCCAGGAUCUAUAUACCAUCUCCUCGUAGCCAGCCCCGCUGCUUCGCGCGUCUUCAAUGUCUCUGAAGCCGGCCCCAAAGCCCUCGACAAUGCCCUCGCCGAAACAAUGGCACCACAAGUGUGCCGUUUCAUACGGCUUGUUGGCCUCAUACGCACUGCAACCUCCGAGAAGCCCCUAGCAGAGUCACUCCGGGCCUUUGCGGAACAGUACACGCAACGUCUGGAGGGGACCCAUCUUGGUCCUGUUCCGCCUCUCCCGCGCUCAUUUUGUGGCGAGCACCGUCAUGCAACCCGAAGCCUUCUCUCAACUGUACGACACAUCAUUUUCUUGGCAUCAGACUGUCUGGAGCACUAUCGCAGACGAUGUCUCUCCAUAAAACCCUCCCACCUUAAGAGUCGCUUCGUCUGGGGCUCCGGGUACGCGAAGCCAUGGCGUGAGAAACCUCUUGGGGAGCCAUACAAGCCGCAAGAUAUUGGGCCCCCCUGUUGGGUUGAGGAACAGCGCGUGAUGCGCGGAUUCUGGAGAUUGCAGUUGCUGAACGAAAUGAGAACGGCGGCUUCCGAAGGUCGACUGCGCUGGGCCGUCGAGGACGAUCAAAAGGAGAUAUCUGCCGAUACGCUAUUCCUCGGCUGGAACAGACCGAGGCAACCAAAGAAAGAGGAGUUUCUCACCGUCGUCGACUUUGUAAACCAUACGCAGAGCGGCCCUAUAAAUGCCGACUACCCUCUAUGCCUUCCACCCUCUCCUCGGGGGCACAAUGCAGUUGGCAAGUGGCCAGCCUUGGCUUUAUACCAGCAAGUCGAUAGUUUAUGGGAACGAGAUACAUUAUUAGACCUGAACCCCGCUGGCUUCGGCUUCUACAUGAGAUUGUGGGGCUCCCAUUUCUCCCCUAUCCGCGGCGUUCCGUUCCGGCCAUACCGCGAGCUCGGAUUUGCCAUAUGGGAAACAGACAAGCUGACCAAACUCAAACUAUGGUGGCCGCACGAGGCGAGUAGAGACGGCAAAACUAGGCCGCUGGAUAAAAACGAUCAAAUAUUUGCAUGGAGGAGUCUUUUGAGCCAGGAGCUUUUGGCUGAACUUGUAGAAAAAAUGGACGAAGAAUAUCGGCGGACCGGGCGUUGGUUACCUCAAGAUAACCCGGAUAUGUGA